AUGUCGGAAAAGCAGCAGCAGCAGCACAACCUCAAGAUCGACGACAGCAGCCGAAAGUUGAAAAAGUCCGAAAUCGAUUUUAUGCGCCUGAUCGAACAGCAGAAUCUGCAACGGGUGCAGAAACUUCAGCGGCAACGUCGGAACAAUAAAUUGACCGGGUUCGUGCUAGGCGGAACCGUUUUCGGCAUCUAUUUGUACUCCAUGCUGUCGGUCAAGCAGGAGCGCUUCCUGGACGACUUUGAGGAGCCGCUGAAGGUGGAGAAGGUCGAGAAGCAGUAGGGAGGAGGAGGAUUUUUUUUUGCUUUAUUUUAAGGUUUAAGUUAACGUUUCCCGCACUCACGCAAAAUGUCAUCAACCACAGUUAUUCAAUCGAUUGCCGGCACCGGCGCCCGCCUGCCGCCGCUGCCCACUAUCCGGGAUCUGGUCCGCCUGUACAAACUCCGCGCGAUCAAACAACUUUCACAGAACUUCCUGAUGGACGAACGUCUAACGAACAAAAUUGUAAAAGCCGCCGGCAACAUCACCGACCACCACGUGCUCGAGGUUGGCCCCGGCCCGGGAAGUAUCACGCGGUCAAUCAUCCGGAAGG